AGUUUGACAGCCCGUGUGGUGUAUGACUGUGUAUCAUCUCGGAUAUGUUUCUUCACAAAGCAUUUGCACGAAUUGUACUUAAGCUAGCGAUUCAUAGAUUUCAUGUAAUUGCAAAAAUACUCCAGUGUUUCGUAUGAAUCGAUUGAAAUAUAUGUUUUGCUUUGUGGACGGAUGUUUGAAUCCUUUUUUGAGCAUCGAAAAUUUGAAAACAGCCCCGCAAAUUAGACGUCAAGUUGACGGCAUACGAUUGAGCAGGCGUGUUGUCACCGGAGUGGUAAACAAAAAACACAAGUAGCUUGCGAAGCACGUGUUGGCGGCCGUAGGUGCAUAUUGUACAUCUAAAUAUUACCACAAAACCGUUGUAAUAAUGGAGUCUGAUCAGGAAGACGAGGUUCCAACCGUUAAUUUUGUGCCUAGCUUACUGUUUGUGAAGCGUGGUGUGGCUAAAGCCAAUCCGGAUAAGGUUACAUUAACGCCAGCGGAGUUAGCGAGGAUCAUCAAUGAAACCAGAGAAGACCUGGAAGAAGAUGGAGCCGAGGGUAUGGAUACAUCCGACGACGAGGAAAAUGAAGACAGCCAAAGCGGAUUGGCUGAAAGAGCUAGCAGAAUGGCAGCGAAUAAUCCCGAUGGCACGAACGAAUCCGUUGAUGAGUAUAAUUUCGACGGCUACGAGCAUGAAACCGGAACGAGCGGGUUGCAUCUAAGCACGGUGGCUGUCAUUGAUCCCACGGAAAACAUCCACGACGAUGAAGAUUCGGAUGCGGAAGAUGAAGUUAUUAAACCCACGGACAACUUGAUUCUGGUAGGACACGUGCAGAACGACACGGCUUCGAUGGAAGUGUACAUUUACAACGAAGAGGAAGGCAGUUUGUACAUCCAUCAUGACUUUUUGCUGCCGAGUCCUCCGCUGUGCAUUGAAUGGCUAAGCUUUGACCCGGGAAGCGAUAAGCCGGGCAAUAUGUGCGCCAUCGGGUGCAUGGAACCGAUCAUUACGCUGUGGGAUUUGGACAUUCAGGAUUCGAUCGAACCGGUGUGCAAGCUGGGUUCGAAAGGCAACCGAAAGAAGAACCUGCCAAAGCUGGGCCACACCGAUGCCGUGUUGGAUAUUUCAUGGAACAAACAUUUGGAGCACAUUCUGGCCAGUGGAUCCGUGGACCAAACCGUGAUACUCUGGGACCUGGAGGAAGGCAUUCCGCACACCACAAUCCGCGACUUUGAGGAAAAGGUACAAACCUUAGCGUUCCACCCGAAACGCGCGGAAACGCUGCUGGCCGGAAGCUGUGAUGGCAAGGUAAAGGUGUUCGAUUGCCGCUCGACUACGGACGAGAGCAGUAGCUACAAGAUGUGGGCACUGGGGGGCGAGGUAGAGCGCGUGUGCUGGGACCACUUUAACGAGCACUGCUUCGUGGCCAGCACGAACGAUGGAAAGAUACACUACGUCGACAGUCGCCAGGAGGAACGGCCGCUGUGGACGAAGGAAGUGCACGAGCAGGAAGUUACGGGACUGGUGCUUAGCGCCCAGGUGAAGGGAAUGCUGUCGACCGCCUCGUCCGAUGGUUCGCUCAAGGUGUGGGACAUCGAUGAACGGGACGCUCGCAUGGUGUACAAGAAGAAUCCUAAGAUUGGUGUUAUCCAGUGUCUGGACGCCUGCAGCGAAAGUCCCUUCACGCUGGCGUUGGGUGGAGAUUUGAAAACGAAGAACUUUUGUGUGGUAAACUUGCUGGAUAAUGAUGUCGUGUCGAACGUGUUCAAACCCAGAUACACGGGAAACGGACCGGCCAACAGUAUUGAACCACUGACGGAGGAAAUGGAAGAUGCAAGCAUCGCAGAUGAGUAACGCAUCGUCUAUGUAAGCAAAUAAAUGUUUACUUGAAGACAAAA